AUGUAUGUCCAUAAAUCAACCAAUAUCCCAGUUCCAAAAGUUUAUGCUUUAUAUGACAUGAACGAUGUCGAACUUGAAAUGAACUAUAUGGUCAUGGAAUAUAUCGAAGGCCAGACCUUGGAGUCAUGCUGGGCCACACUCACAGAUCCUCAGAAGGAGGAUAUAGCAACAACCCUCAAGGAAUAUUUUGUGGAAUUACGUUCACUCCCUUCCCCGGGAUACUACGGUUCUCUGGGCCGUCGGCCGUUCGAGAAUCUUAUGUUCGAGACCAUGGAGCCAAAUCCAGCGGUAAAUGACCCUUUCGAAACUGAGAAGGGCCUGAACGAAGGAAUGGUGCUGAACUACGCAUCUCGCAAAUCGAAAUACAGAGCAGAAUUUAGGCGACGAGCACUCGCAACCACCUUCCUUAUACAUGCAGACCUCAAAUGCAAGAAUAUCAUUGUCAAGGAGAACGAACGUGAAGUUGCGAGUUCGGACACAAAGAGAAUGUAUCAGGUCACAUUAAUUGACUGGGAAGCAGCAGGAUGGCAUCCAAGCUACUGA